UUUUCAGUGCUCAAGCUGCCAGUGAAACAUGACCGGACUCAACCUUCACCUGGGCGAUUCUAUGGGCGCCACCCUUAUCGGCGUUUUGUUCUCGCAGCUUUUCUACGGUUGCACAUGUGCACAGGUCCUGUAUUAUAUGUGGCACUACCGCAAAGACAGGUCAUCGCUGCGGAGCCUGGUGGCGAUAUUAUGGUCCAUGGAUACGGUGGCUACUAUCGUUGAUAUCAAGAUAGUGUGGCGGUAUUUGGUCGCCGGCCAUGCUAAUCUUAGCGGACAUGAUGUUCUCUUCGGUGAUACUUCGAUCGAAUACUCACUAGCAGCGGUAAUGGUCCUCAUUGUACAAUGUUACUACAUGCGCACGAUCUGGACAUUGUUGGCCGAAAGACGACACAACCUGAAAUUAGCUCUCGUUGUAAGCAUGGUUAUAUGCGCUCUUGUAUCAUGCGUCUGUGCCUUGGUGAAUGUAUAUAUUGCCAUUCGCGAUCCAGGGUAUCCGGAUAUCUUUGCCAAAGCAGAAACAUCAGCAAUCGUACAAAUCACCACGGCUUCCGUUGUGGAUAUAUUCAUUUCGGCCACACUGACGUGGGUCUUGAAUGGAGGGCGGAGCGGUGUGGGAUACACGGAGAAGCUCAUACGCAAACUAACCGUGCAUGUGAUCAACCGCGGGAUGCUUACAGCCGUCAUUCAAGUGAUGACUUUGGUGAUGUUUGUUGCCUUCCCGAAGAAUGCCGUGUAUUGGUCUAUCUUCCACUUUCCAGGAAGCAAAAUCUACGUCAAUUCUCUGCUUGCAGUAUUGAAUGCUCGCCACUACUAUGCCCACGGCAUCACAGCGGAUAUCACCACUGGUUUAUACCUUCCGACGAUGCAAGCGGCGGAGUUUCCCCUGGAUACUAUCGACACUGUUGACUCGCAUUAUUACGAAUCUAUGCCAUCUGGAAGGCGAAACCCUCGUACACCUGGCCCUUCUACCUCCAAGCUCGGUAAAGUUGCUCAAUGCUGAUUGUCGGCCUGCAAAUAUUUCGCCUCUUGUGCAGCUAUAUUGCUAAAACGUUCUUAGGAAUUCGAGGACGAGUUGUAUAUGUUUCCAGACGACUGUAUCUUUCUUGCCGACUGUGGUCAAUAUCUUCCAGUGCGAUGCCGGUGAAUAGCAUGCAGAUCGUUGCUGACGUCGCUCCGUUGUUCAUAUAUGCGAGAUGUGAACUCGGAAUCCCAUUAUUCGAAAUCGAUACAAUGUGCUUAUUCGUACAGAGCUAUCCAUAUUAACAAGCGA